AUGCUGGACGUCGUCGAUUUCAUAAAGGAGAGGGGGGGUGACCCGGAAAAGAUCCGCGAGUCUCAGCGCCGUCGGCAUGCCAACGUCGAGAUCGUCGAUGAGAUCAUUGACCUCUUCGAGGACCACCGCCGCAGUGCGUUGCCCGUCUCUCGUCCUGCCUUGAUCUGCCUUGCUUCACAAUACAAUUCUCACCGGACUGACAUUAAACGGCACGCCAAGGAGAAUGCCGACGAACUCCUUCAACAAAAGAUGGAGCUUGAAAAGGAAAAAAAAAGCCUUGUCGAGUCGGCUGCUCAGAAGGAGGCCACCCUCAAGUCCAAGAUCAGGACGAUCGGCAACUACGUCCACGAUUCCGUCCCCGUCAGCAACAAUGAGGAUGACAACGCAGUUCUGCGCACCUGGGCCCCCGAAGGCGUAGCGGUCGAGAAGCGCAAGGUUCUCUCGCAUCACGAGGUUCUCCUUCGGCUCGAUGGCUACGACCCCGAUCGCGGCGUCAAGGUUGUCGGUCACCGCGGCUACUUCCUCCGUCAGUGGGGUGUCUUCCUCAACCAAGCCCUCAUCAACUACGGACUCGAGUUCCUCACCCAGCGAGGCUACACCGCUCUGCAAGCCCCCCAGUUCAUGCUCAAGGACUACAUGGCCAAGACGGCCCAGCUCGAGGACUUCGACGAGGAGCUGUACAAGGUCGUCGACGGCGACGCCAAGAACGACAAAUAUCUCAUUGCUACGUCGGAGCAGCCCAUCUCGGCCUUUCACGCCGACGAGUGGCUCAUUGCGAAGGAUCUUCCCAUCAAGCGCGAGGCCGGAUCGCACGGUCGCGAUGCCUGGGGCAUUUACCGUGUCCACCAGUUCGAGAAGAUCGAGCAGUUCUUGUUGACGGACCCCGAGAAGUCGUGGGAGGCGCUCGACGACAUGAUUGCCGUGUCGGAGGAGUUCUACAAGUCGCUCGGGCUGCCCUACCAAGUUGUCGCCAUCGUUUCCGGCGCGCUGAACAAUGCGGCCUCCAAGAAGCUUGACCUGGAGGCCUGGUUUCCCUUCCAAGGCGAGUACAAGGAGCUCGUGUCCUGCUCCAACUGCACCGACUACCAGUCGCGAGCGCUCGAGAUCCGUUUCGGCGCGAAAUCCCAGACAGACACGAAGAAGAAGUACGUGCACUGCCUGAACGCGACGCUGUGCGCCACGACGAGGACCAUGUGCUGCGUGCUCGAGAACUACCAGACGGAAGAGGGUCUCCGCGUUCCCGAGCCGCUCCGCAAGUAUAUCCCUGGUGCGCCGGACUUUAUUCCCUUCUCCAAGGAGCUCCCCAAGGAAUCCACUUCGCAGAAGCCGCUGGUGCAAAGGCCAAAGGGUGGCAAAUAA